AGCUUAAAUAGAUGAAUAGCAUCAAUUGACAAAACGGCUUAAAUAGAUGAUAAUCAUCAAUCCAAGGGAAACUCCGUAACUAUCCAAAUUCAAUACGUUUUGCGCACCCGCGAAAAGUUAACAUGGCGGAAAAACGACCAAAACCGUGUAAAAAGAAGAAAUCCGAGACUCUGGAGAAAGUUCUGAAUGAUGGUUUAGCCUUGUUGGCGAAAGAAAAAGGAUCAAAAUGUUGGGGGAAAAAGCCUUCUCAUUUUCGCUUAGUGCAAGUUGGUUGUAAGAGGUUGACCCACACGCCUUACCGCUGCCGUCAAGGAUCAAUUAAGCAAAAUGAUAACCAGCAGUAUGAUAGCUCUGUGGCUGAUGACUUUCAAGUAAAUGAUGAGCACAAGCAAACAGACGUUGAUAUUGAGCUAGAGAAUCUUAUAUUUGAAUGCAGAGGACUUUUGGCUUCAGAGAAAGAGGAUGCCAAGAAAUGGUCUGAUCGCAUGGAAGAGCUUCAUUCUCUUUGGGAAAAUAAUAGAUCUACCAUAUUCGAAACCUUGAUCCAAUGUGAAUCAGUUGAUAAAGGCACACCAUGCUUCAAUUGUGGGGAAUCUCCAGGCUUGAUAAAGUGUCAUCAGUGUGGUAGUAACUGGCCAGUCUGUGUUGAAUGUGAUAGGAAAAUUCAUGAAAGAAAGCCAUUCCAUGAUAGACAUGGGUGGAUGGGUAAUCAUUUCAGACCACUUCAGCCAUCACAUUCAUUGGAUAAAAAUGGACAAAUAAUUGAAGUUGAUUGCUAUGUUUCUUUGCAUCCUGUCCAAAAGUUUUGUCAUGGCUGCUCUAGAAAAUCAACCUUUCACUCCGUGCCCAGUAAGGACAUGCUGACUAUUUGUACAACACAAGGUCGCUUUGACAUAAACAGUACAUCAUUCAAGUGUGUUUCUUGUUCAGCAUUCUUGAUGCCGACACUUGCAGAUAUUCUUGGUAAUGGCUACUGGCCAGCAAAUCCAAAGUCUUUAAAUGUGUUAUUUUCACAGGAUUUACUUCUGCUGUGGAACACAAUGCAAAAGAGAAUGCCAGGUUGUUCUGAGUCCAGUUUUAUUAGAUCAUUGGAAGACAUAAGUGUUUCAAAAGGAAGGUUUGGAUCAAUAAAUCCACGAACGUUCACAAAAGCCUUUCGAGAAUGGAAAUAUUUUAAUUAUGAGGUGGAAAAAGCCCAGGGAAAAGAGUGGAUGUUUUGUCCUAGUUGCUCAUCCAACCAACACUCCUGUCAUGUAGAUGGCAACAUGAAGUUAUACCGAUAUAAACAUUCAGGAAGAGAACAAAGUCAGUCUUACUAUGGAGAUCUUUUUUCUUCGAAUGAACAUGUUUCAGAGCAUAUUAGAAAGGUUUAUUCCACUCCCCAAGUUCGGAACUUUUCUGAUGACGGGAAAUGUGGUGAAAGUAAUUGGCGAGCUGCUGGAAAUAAAGGAAAACGAAAGAGUCGUCUAGACGAAACAGGACUGGAAAUUGCAGGUUGCCGGCAUGCAAUUGCUCAGUGGGCUGUAAACAUGUUUCGCGGAGAGAUUUAUGGCUACUCUAAUUACAUCCAUGUUCACAAAAUGAUUCCGAACAAUGUUAAAUACAUUUGGCAAGAUAUCAUAUGUAAAUAUUGGAAGUGGGCAGUGAAAGGCAUCAAAGUGGAUGAGUCAAAUGCUCACGAAAUAAAGCCUGCUUUAUCUGUGAUGCAUGCCAAAGCACAUAAUUGGACAUGCCAGGUAUUGUGGGGAGGACGGUGGCAAAAAGGUUCUGCAUAUUCCACAGGAGAGGAAGUUGAGCAGAUUAAUAGUUACCUUUCGAGACUGGCCAACACUACAAAGUACAUGUUACCCGAGUCAAGAGAAGAACUCAUAACUGAACAUGCUCUUGCGUGGAAUAAACGGAAAAUAUGUGAUCUGUCCAGCUCCCUCUGCAAGAGAUAUGCAAAGUAUAUAGAAGCUCAAGAAAAUACAAGGAAAGAACUUGAUGAAAUGGUUUCUGGCGUAAAUCUCUCCGAACCACAAAUGGAAAGCUCCUUCUUCACGUAUUUAGCCGAAGAAGAGGAAUUGUACGUUUUGACCUCCUCUUUAACCGAUACCUCUUUAUUGACAUCAAAUGUAAACAUCUCGUGUGUUGAGACUGAAGACUAUCUUUCUGCCCUGUCAAAAAAGAUAAUUCAAAGAUACUCCACCGUUGAGGAUAAACUACAAAGGAAAGCAAGCGUUGUAAAAUUGGGAAACUCAGCAAAAGCAAGAACAAAGAUAAGACAGAAGAUGUCUAGUGAUCAGAAAAACAUUGACAAAAAAAUGCGCAUAUUCAACGUAUUACAGUUUGUUGUGCAUGGUCAAGAAGAAACAGUAAGACUCGACGAGUGUUCUCUGGUUGAUGGCAUGUUUCCCUGGACUCUCAAUGAAAUUUCUGUUCGACUGAAAUGUAAAAUUGUUGACAAGUUCGAACAUUUAGAAAGACUGGAGGAGGAGUUAAUUCUUAUUAAGCAAGAGAUGAGUAAUUAUUUGCGAUAUUACAAAGAUAUCGUUAUUCCAAAGUUGAAAGCGGAAGUAAAAGACAUGGAACAAAGUCUAAACUCAGGUAUGUAUAAUGAAAGUCACGUAUGUACUGUAAAAGAGUCCAUGUGCUCAUUUUAA